UUUACUGAGCCGAUUUGAAAAUUGUGCGAAAAACCUGACGGAAAUAACUAAAGAAACUUCGCAAAAAAGAAACGAUAAUAUCUUUAUUUCUCCUCCUUUUUAAGUGCUUCCUCUCGAUGCCUUUUCUUUAUCUGUCUGUCUAUUUGUUUGGAUUGUCAAACGAUUGAGAUUUUUCCGGCCGUUACGUGUAGGCCGAAUUUAAACUGAUUAUAUAUCCCGUCGCCUGGCAACCCGCAUAACAACGUAGCUCGCGUGUCAUACAGGAUUCAAUAACCGUACAUUCGCUUCGUUAUGAAACAAUUCCAGGCUUUGAAUUGAUAAUUAUUAUACAUCUAAAGGACGCUAUAAGCUGAACCGAUCUACUGUAUAAAACAGACSUUUAGAUAACCACCAGAGAAUUCACAGAACUGUCGAAGUCUGUUGACUUUAGACAUGGUUCGUCUUGUUGUCUUGGUCUUUGGUCUUCUUCUGAUCAAGAAUGUAUCASCUGAGUGUUUUGACGACAACGGUAAAAGCGCCGAUGAAGCUGUAUGCAUACCAGGACAUUGGAACAUUGCUCGAGUCCGUUCUGCGACUAUUACAGCUACAAAUACUUGCGGAGAUCCGCCUUCGACUGCUUGCCCAUCUUCGGUCUGUACCACUGUAUGUGACAGUUCGGACCCRAARUUGAGUCACCCUGCAAAAUACAUUGUAGACAUAGAGAGAGGACCWGUAACGUACUGGCAAUCUGAUACUYUAUGGRUAUGGUACCAAACUCACCAAAAUGAAGAUCUUAAAGUGAACAUUACUAUGAAUUUUAACAAGAGUUUCGAYGCAACAGGAUUAUUGGCUUUAACAUUUGAAUCUCGUCGUCCAUUGGGGAUGAUCUUAGAAAAGUCGAGUGACUUUGGGAAAACUUGGAGAGUUCUUCAGUACUACGCCAGUGACUGUCAAACUCGAUUUGGUAUGAAAAAUACUGAGCCUUCAGAGGAUAACAAAGGAAACUUUACUGCAUUCUGUACGCAAACAUACAGCCAAACUGCGCCCUCAAAAGGAGGCCAAGUUCUGUUUGACUUCAGAGAUAGAUACGAACUAGAAGCAGAGUUUUUCAAGCCUGAAGUUCAAGAUUAUCUACAUGUGACUAACUUUAGAUUUCAGCUAUUAUAUCCAUGGACUGAUGGCACSGAGACGUCAGGAAAAAAUAAGGAUACUCUAAGCAAAUUUUAUUAUGCAAUAUCUGAUUUUUCCAUGCUYGGACGUUGYAGAUGCAACGGGCAUGCUGCGUCCUGUGUCUACAAUAACAGUAUUCAUGGCAUAAAUAAAUGUCGCGAUUGUAUGCAUUUUACUGAUGGGGUUAGCUGUGAGAAAUGUCUACCACUGUACAACAAUAAAACUUGGAUGGCCGCUACAUCGAGAUACCAGGCAAAUCCCUGUCAAAAAUGUGAAUGUCACGAACAUGCCGAUUCCUGCGUCUACAACAAAAAACUUGAUUAUGGUGUCUGCCAGGAUUGUAAGCAUAAUACCACGGGUCACUUCUGCCAGGAAUGUAAAGACAAGUUUUACCGCAAUACCAGUCUGUCUAUUAAGCACCCUAAAAUAUGCCUUGCUUGUGACUGUUUCAUGGAAGGAAUACUCAAUAAUGGAUCAUGCRAYGUCGAGARUGGUCAGUGUGUAUGYCGACAGAAUGUGACAGGUCGUCGAUGCGACAGAUGUGUGGAUACAUACUGGGGAUAUAAAGUAGACAAAAUUGGACAUUGCAYAGCUUGYAACUGCRUUAUYACUGGAACCRAAAAUGGUUCACUUAACUGUGACCAGAUGUCAGGCCAGUGUACUUGUAAAGACAACAUUGACCAAAAGACAUGUUCAAGAUGUAAACAUGGCUUCUAUAAAUUCCCUGAAAACAUCACCGAUGACUGCUUGCCGUGUGACUGUGACUAUGGAGGUUCUUCAACUGGAAUAUGCAGCAAAGUAACUGGUGAUUGUGAGUGCAGAAAGAACAUCCAAGGAAUGCGYUGUAGAGUURUCCYCCCUGGAUUCUUUGUUGGGAACCUWGACUAUUWCAAAAUAGAAGCAGAGCAGUCAGGGGGAAACUACCAGUACACAGCUAACACUGUAGACCUCAAUACGCACUUCACAGGACGUGGUUAUAGUAGAAUAACUCCAGGGCAAUAUAUUAACUUUAAAAUUAKGACUGACAGCACAUUUACUGCAAAUAUAGUUGUGAGGUAUACAUAUCCUUCACAUGUUAAUGUCCCUCUACGAAUGGAAGUUACAGCACCCCCUGGAGCUGAAAAUUGUGUAGGUACAAGUAAAACAAUUGAUAUAACUGGUCUUAAGAAAGGCAAAGGUCAGGCAUGGAUGUCCAGUGAUACUAUAACAGUCUGCAAAGGAAAGGAAUUAACCUUCAAUAUAUCAUACGGUGUUGGUGCAGCAGUAAAUACAUCCAUAGAUAUAGACUCAUUGAUAUUAUAUCCUAAACUCAGCGAUUUAAGGCUUUAUAAGAUUGCCAAAGAAGAAGGGGAUGCCCACGGAUAUGAUGUCAAGACCAUUGAAGGCUGCUGGAAUAACUGGACAACCUUGGUGGGUGCCAGGCAAAGUCAACCAGUUUGCAAGAAUAUUACAUACUCUUUGAUGGCACAAGUAUUUGAUGGAGCUUGGYCAUGUGGUUGUAACAGCGUUGGUUCUGAGUCAAAUAAAACAUGUAAUCCACAUGGAGGACAGUGUCAAUGCAAACCUGGUGUUACUGGAAGGACAUGUGACCGGUGCAUGCCAGGCUACUACAACUUAACCACCACUGGCUGUACAGCAUGCAAAUGCAAUUCWACUGGUUCUCAUCAUCUGGUCUGUGAUGUAACUACUGGCCAAUGUCCAUGUAAGCCUGGUGUUGUCACUCGUACUUGUGAAAGGUGYAAUCACACAUAUUAUGGCUUUGAUACUGGAAAAGGCUGUACGGAYUGUAAAUGUAAUUCAAGUGGUUCAGUGGAUUUACAAUGUGAUGGCGUGACUGGGGUUUGUCCUUGUAAGAAUAGCACUGAUGGAGAAAAGUGUGAUCGAUGUAGACAUGGAUAUUAUAAUUACACCACUGAUGGAUGCCAGUCUUGCCACUGUGAUAAAGACGGGUCCAGUACGUUGCARUGCCAUUUACAAACAGGACGAUGUGACUGCAAGGCGAAUGUACAAGGCUUCAARUGCAAUAACUGCAAACAAGGCUUCUUCAAUCGUGACGCCAUUAAUCCAACAGGUUGCACCCCUUGUUACUGCUAUGGCCGAUCUAGCACCUGUACGUCAGCUAAGGGAUUCGUUAAAUCUUUCAUUGAAUCAAAUCCAGUGAACAACUCAUGGCARCCAGAUAAAGGCAUUCGUAACAUGAAAGUAAACAGUCARACUAUCACUGUACAUUACUUAACCAAMGAGUCAGGAACUCUACUUSUCUCAGGUUUAUCACGCCCUCUMCUGUUUCGCUCCUAUGGUCAAUUUUUAACUUUCRAUAUGACAUUUUCGUCAUCUAAAGGGCUGGAUGUUAAUUUAAGCAUUGUUACCGAGUCUGCUAUUGGAAUAUCAAAGAAAGAACUAAGGGUUUCUCCUCAACCCUCAAUGAACGUCACUUCUUAUCGUGCUCUUUUACACGAGUCAAACUCCAUUSAGCCUAUUACAGCAAAGGAGUUGCAGAAAUCRCUCGCUCAUUUGAUCAACAUUAAGCUAAAGGCAGUUUUUAAUUCCAMUGGUUCACUGGAGAUCUCUUCAGCAAAGCUCAGUACAGCKAAGGAGGGRAAUGUUGGAGAAGCUGCUGGCAAUGUGGAGAAUUGUACUUGUAAUCAAAGGAAUUAUACUGGCCUAUCUUGUGAGCUUUGCCAUCAAGGCUAUACCCGUUUCCCUAGUAACACAUUGAAGUCAUCAAACCCACAAUACAGCACUCGUUGUGAACUCUGCAGCUGUACGAACCGAUCYAAGGAUUGUGAUGGUGARACAAGUAGRUGUAAGAACUGUAGGACUGGAUCGAUGGGUGMUUUCUGCGACCAAUGCGAACCUGGUGUGGAUAACAGUACCGAUUGUGAUAAGUGCUUUCCUGGRUAUUAUGGCCUUUAUCUGAAUAAGUUUGACGGUUGUGGAGCAUGUAAUUGCCUAUUGACUAACACCCUUUACGGUAAUCAAAGUAUCUGUGAUCUUGACAAUGGUCAGUGUGUAUGUAAAGCCAAUAUAUCAGGACGAAUAUGUGAUCGCUGCCACGAGAACGCUUACAAUAACUCACAAGGACACUGUAUAGAUUGUCCGAUUUGUUACCGUCUUCUUCAAAUAUUCGUACAUGAACUGCGAGGGAACAUUUCCACCGUAGAAGGUGCCCUUUACAACUUGAGAAAUGGCGGCUCGGGCGACGCAACCUUUGAGAAACGUCUCUUAGAAGCCGAAGAAAAUGUCCGUCUUCUUGUUCUGAAAGCCACCAAUUCCUCUCACAUCGAAAAGGACCUUCAYAAUGAACUUAGUAGCCUGAAUCAAACCCUGGACGAAAURGAAGCUAUGCUCACAGGURUAGUGAAGUCAGGUGUUACGUCACUAGAAGGCGUGGUCGCUUCCGCGUCACGUGACAGGAAUAUGACGGAGGACUUGAUUAAGUUGACUGUAAAGAUGGUUAGUGAUGGAUACCGGCUUCUUAACUCCUCAAUCAAKCUGUUGGUCAACCAGGCGUCGCAAUCAGAACAAUUUAUYGCMCAAAUGGUCUCAGUGUUUGACGUGUUAGAGAAARAAGCUAACUCUCUUGCUGCAAASCAAAAUCRCACAGGGCAAGAUAUUGUUAAUAAAAUGAACGCGGCGGAGUUGCUGGURCAGGAGGCCAACUUAUCGUCCUUGCAAACACUACAARAUCACAAGACAAACACAGAAACAAUUCGGCAGCUUCUUGUAGAUUGUGAAUCAGUGAAAAACCUCGGUCAUCAAGCAAACAAUACUGCUUCUCUGCUGUUGAAGAAUUCGACCACCGUACUGAACAAUGCUAAAAUGGCUUUAAAGUCGGUUAAUGCGUUAAACCCAAGUAAACAAGUUGAAUUAAAUACAAUUUUAGCAACGAUAAAAUCGCUGAACGAGAAUGCUACAGCAUCAAUCACCGCAAUAGAGAAUUUCAAUAAAGAAUACAAGACACUGAGACAAACUGUUGAACACUCGAUGAAGCAGACAUCUUUGCUGAUGGGACAGGUCCAGACAGUCAGCCUCCAUGCGACGUCAAUGCUCAACGAAGCUCGACGUGCUGAAACAGAAGCAAAAGCAGCGGUCGCUUCAGCAGAAAAGACGCAUAAUGAUGCCAAAGAAAUGUUGAAUAUUUUACAAACCUUUAAGUCCAAAGCGAAUGAUUCUCAACAGCUCGCUGCCACAGCUCUGGAGAGGUCUAAAGAGGCAAACCAAACAAGUCAGAAGGCCAUUGAAUACACACARAGCAUCAAUGCAUCUAUACAAGCAACAUUGCGUAUUGCUAACCAAGGUCUUGCCAUAGCUACGACGGCUAGAGACUUGGCGAAGAAGGAGUACGAGGAUGUCUCAAACGUGCAUUCCCAAGCGAUGAAAUUGAAGACRRACUCYGAUUCUACAAAACACACUCCAGAAAAUUUCCACAAAAUYAAAACCAACGUUACAGAAAUCGUGAGCCAAAUUCAACCAGCUAUCAGCGCUUGUAAGGAGAAUUACACACUGUACUCCACAGACGCAAAAGAAAAGAGUGUAAAAGCUCUGAACGAUGCUACUAAGGCGAGCACGAGCAUCAAUAAAGCAAAGACGUCUGUCGAGGCGGUCACUAAAGAGCUUAGUAAACUUCAACAAGUAAAUGCGACUCGUCUCCUGGAGCUGCGGCAGGAAAUAAAGCAAUUGCGGGAGUCAUUUGAGAAAAAAGAUGUUAGUAAUUUAAACAAAGAACUACAAACUGCAAAGGAACAGCAACAAAAGUUUAUUGAUAAUUACAAAAAGCAAGUCCAGGACCUGCGAGAACAAAUUAACGAAAUGAAAGUACUGAGAGACUCUCUGAGAAAUACUCCUUACAGAAGCUGUACUUAGCAACGGAUAUUGUUGCCUAGUAAUAUGCUGCGUUGCUAGGGCGCACUAAUCGUUCGCCCGAUCCRUGUCAAAAUAUUUGAUUAGUUUACAAAGAACAAUGUCAACAGGUCGUUAACAGUUUCUAUAACAACGACUUUUGACGUCAUCUCUGUGUUACCAUGGCAAAGAGGUGAUUUCGACCACGCCCUUUAUUCUGAUCGCGAUUGUAUAUAAUAUGGAAAGUAUUAGUGUGAGUGACAGUCUUUAUUGAUGUUCAUAGCGCUCAACCUCAGCUCGAGUGUCGUUUCAUAGAUUUCCAAAGGGACCACUUUUACCCGAGAACCUUUGCGGUCGUUUGUUGUCAUGUUUUUUAAAAAAGAUAUGUCGUUCAAUUUUUAUAUAUCACGUAUUUUACACUCGACGUAUAUGAAAUUCGUCGUGAAAAAAAAUAGCCUCAAGAACUUUUGAAGCAGGAAAUACGUCAUUCUUGCAAGGGUCGUUGAUCAUCGUGUGAAAUAUUCUUCGGGGCUUGUCGAAACGCUCGUUAAAAGACACUAUUWCGAAGCUGGGGCUGAAUUGUAUGAACUUCAAAAUCGACUAUUCAAAAAUGAGAAAAAACCUGAAAUAUUUAAAUUACAAUAGGAAGAACAUUUCCAAAAGAUAGAACAUUAUAAUUCCAUUUUAUACACUGAACCAUGAAUUGCCUGUACAUUCUGCAUUUUAAUCUAUACAUAAUUCUUUCUAUUUUUAUGCUCGGUUUGAUUUUUUAUUUUAUUUUUGAAAAGCUGGAAAAUAAAAUCUUGUUGUAAAUCGC